UUAGGAAAGAGUUACACUAAAAGAACAGAAAAACACUCAGCAAAUAUAUGCUCAAGGCGUAUAUCCAGGAAUGUAUAUAACUGCAAGGGAGUGUCCAAACUGUAUACUUAACAUGUCGACACAAUGAUCCGUCUGCCUGGAAGAUUCCAGUGUACGUGCGCUCGAACAGAACAUCGUAAAAGAGGGAGGGGAAUACGAUGAGCCACGUGACCGAGCGCGUGUUCAACAGUAACAGCUGCACUCCAAUGCAGUCCUUUCAAUUCACGCUGAACCCUCGUCGAGGCGACACCGCGGCGACCAGCUCGGCGGAGUCAUAGACUCGGUUCGGGGCCAAUUCUCUCGAUCGUGAACAAAAUCGACACACGCUUUUCCGGCCACCACCUCGUCACCCUCCAGUCUGGAUCGGAGUGUGGAAUCAUCACGUCGACGCGAAGUCAAUUACGCGCGAGAGAAGGGAGAGAAAGUGAUUCUAAUUAGAGUGACAGAGUUGCGGCUUGAUUACAUCCCGAAAGGAUAAUGGAUAAUCGCGCCAAAUUGACCCACAAUCAACCCCUCAUGCUGGCAGUCGCUGUCGCGCUUGUGCUGGCUAUAUUCAUCGAGGCGGCUGAGGGCAGGCCUCACAUCAGGCACCAUCGGGAGGGCUCGCACUGCAGCAAAUGUAGUCCAGGUUCGGGCAUGAUUAGGCGAUGCGUUCGCGGCCGCGACACUCAGUGCAGAUGGUGUCCUGCCGGCACUUACAGCCCGCAUCACAGUAUGCAGCCCUGCUGGAACUGCGCUAGAUGCGGCCCGGGUCUCUACGAGGCGCAUCCGUGCACACCGCGCUCAGACACCGUCUGCGAUUCUUGCCAUCGGCCCGUGCCGGACAAUCCGGACUACCGGCGGAAAUGCGAGGGUCGCGCGAGAUUCUUCCUGGCACCGGAGGACGCGCGCAGCACCGCCGAGGAGAGCGUGCUGGUGAACGAGCCGGCGUACCAGUUUCAGCUGAACGACCGGGAGCGGAUACUGGAGAAGGACGUGGAGGCAAUCAUGAAAGACCAGGCGGCCGGCCGGCAGGAGGACUCGCAGAGGGUCUAAUUUCCGCCCGGAUGUCGGUUUCGGCUGAUGAAGAUGGUGCUGUCGACGUACCCUCGUACGUCGAUAUGGAAGUAGGCCAGUCGGUUGUCGCGAGUUUAUUCGCAGAUCGGCUUCAGGCUCCUUGCGGACUCGAUAGAUUGAUACAAGUCGUACACGGAGAAGGUAUUAUAACGAAAGUCGUUAGAAUUAUAUUUCUUUUUACGAUGUCUCUUGUCGUAAAAUUGAAUCAUACUGAAAUUGUAGCAUAAAUUACUGCGAAAAUAUUAAAUUUGUAGCGAUCAAUUUGCAAAAAAACAUUCAAGUCAUCUGCGAUAAUUUUGUAUUAAAAAGCGCAUAUAAUUUUUAAAUAUAAUUCUGUACAGUCCAGGAUUAUUAUAAAAAUUUGGCUGUAAUUUUUGCUACAACAUUUCCCCCGUGUAUAAGAGAGUUAAGAUAGAUUCGUAGGGAGACAGAAAUUACGUGCGUUCGACAUCGAUCGAUGUCGAUCCUACACUACUAGUCAAUUAGCACGUAAGGAGUAACGCUUGGUCUAGGAGCAACGUAGGGAAAGACCGAGGCAAAGCAGGUUUAGGGCGCGGAACAGGAUUGAUCGUUCCGGUGAACUUGUGUCCCAUUCAUGUAUUUAUUGCGUGAAGAUGUAUUUAUUGCGGAAAAGGAGUCGCGAAAUGUUCCUUUUAGAACACAAAAAUGCGCGCUCUUUCCUGAGUUUCAUUAAAAUCACAAAAAAGAAGACACAGCAAUUAAAGAAGAGAAAGAUUUGAUUUGAAAGGAACAGUCUAAUGAGCGAAAUCGUCGCGUUAAUAAUAUUCUCCACCGUGAACGAUAAUAAACUCUGAAUUGUCGUAUUAGUUAACCCUUAUUGUGUACUUUGGGAUCAUAUAAGAUCCCAGAAAAGUAAAUAAAUAAAAUAAAUAAAAUAAAUAAAGUAAAUCUAUAAAAAAAUAAAAAAUAAAAUAAAAUAUAAUAAAUCUAUAUUUUGGAAAAACUGUUUACUUCUUUUCACAAAAAUCAUAAUUUUGAUAUUCAAAAUAAAUACCUUUUUUUGAAAAUCCUGCUAUUGUACUAAUUUUUUUCUUAAAGAGAUAUCUCUCGAGAGUAAUUUGUUAAAAUUCUACUUUGAAAUAUCAAACAUUGUGUCAGUUAUGAUUUUUGGAGCAAAUCAAGUCAUUUUUUCGUUUUUUGGGCUUCCCAAUUUUUUUCUUCAUUCAAAAUCAAAUUUCGUCUAGAAAAAUUAUUCCGUCAUAUAAAAAGAUGUUUGAAAUAUAUUCUGGAAUUUUUUUUAAAUCAAAAGGAAUAAUUUUAUUGCAGCAAACAUUUUUGUAGUUGAAGUCGCGAAAGAUCCCAGUAUGCCCAUUAUGUGAUUCUACUGAAGUGUGCACAAUAAGGGUUAAACGGUCUUCUCUGCGACGUCAAUGUGACGUUCAAACGGCAAUUUAUUCGUUCUCAUCGCAUUCAGUUCAUUACAAGAGAGAAUUCCGGUCGUUCGCGUCGUGCGGAUUGUUAUAUCAGCGUAGAGACACAGAUCCUUCUCGCGCAAACGAUUACGCACUUGGCGCUGUGUUAGAUCUGACUUAUACGUGUCGUGUAAAGUGGGCGUUAAACGAUCAUCGUUAUUCGCGAGCCCGCCGCUCGUGGCUGCGUGAUCCCCGUCGCGGAAGAAUGUUCGCAUUGCUAGACGUUUACAGGCGUUACACAGUUAUUAACAUUAUAUUUAUUAUUUCCGUUCCCGGUCAUAGGUCUCGGAGCGUUGCGCACGGAGACUCUCGCGUUUUAAAGCAUACUUCACAUACACUGAGAGACAUUAUCCGAUAAAAAAUUAACAAAGGGAUAUUCCCGAUUAAAUUCCGAUCAAUUUUUAUGUCCAGGAUAUUCCAUUAAAUUUUUAAUUGGAUAUUUCCGAUCGCAAUGGCAUUUCAUUAAAUAAACCAAUGAAAAAGCUAUGAAUCGAUAUUUCUCAUCGGACGUUUCCUGAGCGAAUACAGAAAUUUAUCGGUAUUUUGAUCGGAAAUUGUUAAUUUUUGAUCAGAUAAUUUCUCUCAGUGCACAUCCCAAAGAUCUCUUUUGGAAUUAUCGCGCUUAUCAUUAGGUAAGAUACGAGAGAGACCCGCGUGACGAUGCUUAUCGAGAGUGCGCGUCUAUCCUAUGAAGUUUCUCGAUGAAUUGAGGAUCAUUCGGGCUAACGCGCGCAGAAACGUGCUGCUCCUCUCCAGCCAGCCGAAUUCGCCGCGUGAUUAACGAGUGCAGCUGGUGUGGGAAAAGCGGUCGUGUCGAUCGUGCCGAUAAACGAGAGAUCGCGUUGAAAAAUUCGGUGCGUUCGGGGUGAAAGUUUCGCGUCCCCGUUCGGUGCAUCGCGGCCGAAUAAUAAUCUUAUCGAUUCGCGGCACCGUUACACACGUGCCUCUUCCCCGCGGUAACAACAACUUACGGUCCCUUCGAAAACGAGGACGCCCCGGGCUUAUCAAAAAUAGAAGCCGGCACACGUGUCCACUUUGUUCUCUGAAUCUCACGUUAAUGAAGAUUACAUCGAGUCCGCGGUUGGUCCACAGGUCGUAGCAGUGUGACACUUAAAGUUAAUACGAAAGGGAACCGAUUGUACAAUAUGUGCUAUCCUCUACGCAGAGUAUGUAUAUUUUACACGGAGAAAACAGCGAUCUCUUGAUCGUAUCGACGCAGAGUCUGGUUUUAAUGAACGUUUUGGUCGAAUUUUUGGCUCUUAUCAUCCAAAUUUGAUUCCAAGAAACAUAAAUUCCGUUUCCUUUUCAACCAAGAUGCGUUAGUUCGUCCGUUACAAUCAAAUUUCAUUUUUCUUCCGUGCAAGGGAUGCGUGAUGAACGAACACCGUCUGUGUACCGAGAAAAAAUACUUGAAAGUUUAUAUUUGUGGAGGAUAUAAGGUUUAUUCACAGAAGUAAGUUUUAUAUCCCACAAAGAAAAUCUCCAGUAUUUUGUCUCAGCGUGAAAUAAAAAUGUCAGUGCUUGGAUACAUAUCUUAACUCUUGUUGUUUUGGUUUUUAGAUAUGAAUAUUUAAACUUUCAUUGUAAAAAAAUAUAUACACUGUAAAAAAUCUUGUGUACACAGUACGUAAACAAAUGUUCUAAAAAGUCCACUCUAAAUUUUAUGUC